CCCCUCCUGAAGAAGCACCAAUGUGAGAUGGCUACAUGGAGGGGGCGGGAAGGAUAGUUUGAAGGGAUGAGCUUUUGGUGACAAGACGCCAAUUUCUCUCUUAUUUUACCGCUGACAACAAGCAAAAAAAAAAAGAAAAGAAAAAGAAAGAAAGAAAUCCCCAAAAGCAGCAGAGACGCAUCAGCCGGACCACGCGUCAGAACCUCAUUAACUCCAAAGACUGGAGGUGGGGGGGAAGAAAAAGAAAAAACAGAGCUUUAUUUCCAAGUGGAGCCCUUUGUUUUCAACUGCUAUGGCUGCUGCAUUUUGGAAGCUUCAACCCCUGCACUUGGCCUUGUGGAGCUCCCUUCUAUGCCUCAGCAUCAUUCCUCAAGCCAGUGCCGUCGUUGGACACAGAGAGCCGCUGCCUGAUGACAGUAAUAACAUCACCAUUUUCACCCGCAUCUUAGACAGACUCUUGGACGGUUAUGACAACAGACUACGUCCCGGGCUGGGAGAGAGUGUCACUGAAGUGAAGACGGACAUUUACGUGACAAGUUUUGGCCCGGUGUCAGACACUGACAUGGAAUACACCAUCGAUGUCUUUUUCCGCCAGAGUUGGAGCGAUGAAAGACUGAAAUUUGACGGGCCCAUGCAGGUGUUGCCCCUUAACAACCUCCUGGCCAGUAAAAUCUGGACACCUGACACAUUCUUCCACAAUGGCAAGAAAUCCGUGGCCCACAACAUGACAACUCCAAACAAACUUCUGCGACUCGUCGACAACGGCACGCUUCUCUACACCAUGAGGUUGACCAUCCAUGCCGAAUGUCCCAUGCACCUGGAGGAUUUCCCCAUGGAUGCCCACGCCUGUCCCCUGAAAUUUGGAAGCUAUGCAUACACCAACAAUGAGGUGAUUUACCUCUGGACUCAAGAAAACAAGAGCUCCGUUUCUGUGGCUGAUGAUGGGUCCAGGCUCAACCAGUAUGAUCUACUGGGACACGUUAUUGGCAAAGAAACCAUAAGUUCCAGUACAGGCGAAUAUGUAGUGAUGACAGCAUAUUUCCACUUGAAAAGAAAAAUUGGCUAUUUUGUGAUCCAAACGUACCUUCCCUGCAUCAUGACAGUCAUCCUGUCGCAGGUGUCCUUCUGGUUAAACAGAGAGUCAGUUCCUGCACGUACCGUAUUUGGGGUCACCACCGUCCUCACCAUGACGACCCUAAGCAUCAGUGCCCGCAACUCCCUCCCUAAGGUCGCCUAUGCCACGGCCAUGGACUGGUUCAUGGCAGUGUGCUAUGCCUUUGUCUUCUCUGCCUUGAUUGAGUUUGCCACCGUCAACUACUUCACCAAGCGCAGCUGGGCGUGGGAUGGGAAAAAAGAGGGCAUGGAAGUCAGGGAACCGUUUCAGGCUAACAUGGCCAGGAUUAACGAUAUGAGAAGAGAAUCGGCAACUCUCUCCAAAAAGGCAAACAACACUUUCAACAUUGUCGGAACAACCUACGCCAUCAACGUAGCCAAAGACCAAGGUUUAACAACCAUUUCCAAGAGUGCCGGUAGCGGGGCUGCGCCAGCCAAACACUCCUUCCUCCAUAAAAUGGAUGACCCCUACACAGAAGCCAAGAAGUCUUACAACCGAGUCAGCAAAGUGGACAAGAUAUCCCGCAUCAUUUUCCCCAUUCUUUUUUUCAUCUUCAACUUGGGCUACUGGGCCACGUAUGUCAACAGAAAGCCCGCCAUCAUAGAGGCAAACAACUUCAACUGAAUCGGAUCAAAUUUGGAAUCGGUGUAGACAGGUUCGCUGGAAGCCAUGAACAUCUUAACGUACCUAAUUUACAAGUGCUUGGUCAUCAAACGCGUAAAUCGAGGUACCACAUGAUAUAUGUCUACUCUAUACUUAUGUAUAUACAUAUGUAUAUGUACUAUAUACACAAAUGCAUAUACAAAUAUAUAUAUACGUAUAUGUGCGUGUGUUUAAUCUCAUUCAAUCCAAUAGAAGAGCUGCCUUUACAAAGAUAAUAUUGCAGAAGUAGUGAUUAUUACGGGAAUGUAGUAUUUAGUAGUAUUGUAGUAUUGACAGAUUACAACGCAAUCCUGCUCAAAUUGUUUCAAUGUUUUCUCUGGUGUACCUUAACGAGGUCAUUAAAAUAUCCGAAAUGCGUGUCAGUGCAAUUUCGCACCACAAGAAAGGACGAUUCCAAAAGUGUUGGUAGGCGCUAUACCUCUUUCAAAGGGUCAAUUCAAAUUGACCCGAUUACCUCCAACAUGAGUAUUGUUUUUCGAUCGUUGUUCGUUUUUGUCUGUUUUGUCAAAUCCAGCUCGAUAGAUCAAUCAGCGCAAGCCUCGCACUUUUAGUUAGCAUGCUAAUUGAUAUAGCAGCAUACAUCUAGAUACCUUUGUAAAGGCAGCAUUAUUUUUUUUUCAAGAUGAAAUCAAAGGAGUGAAACGAUAACUCCGUGCGUGUAUAUUCGGUGUUUGUUAUGAUACAGUAUUUUGCUCGUCCAUAAAGACCAAGGGCACAUAAAACUACCUUUGCUAUCCCUGUUCCGUCUUGUGUUUCCAAGAGACAGAGGCAAUAAGCCAACAAAGAAACAAAAGUACCAGCCCCUAUGCGUCUCUGUAAAACGGUACAAGUGGAAACAGUGGAAAUUUCCAGUAAGCUAUUAAAAGUCCCCCACUGGUGUGGCAUCACGCUAGCUUCGUUCCGUUCCACGUAAACAAAGCGAUUGCGGCAUAACGGCAGACUCACUAUUACCGCCAUGUUACGCAAUCUCAGAAAUGGUUUUUGUUUUCCUCUCUCAUUUGCAGUAGCUCUGGCCCUGUUGUAACAAAGGAAUCCAUCGCUGUAUCUUGUCAUUUUGUAAAAUGGUGAAUCUGUUUUGCAAGCGUGUAGUUUCAGGUUGUCAUUGUUGCUAACCAAUGAAGACAAGAAUAAAUAACACACACACACACACACAGGGAUGCAUUGGAAGACACUCGAGGUGUUGCUUAACUGUGGACUGGUAGCAAGGGCAGCCUAUGUCGUUCCAUAGGACCAUCAUUAAUCAUCUUCAGUGUCUGGCCUUCAGCUCAAGAUGAAUCUCAUCAGAGCCAAUGUAGUAUCAUCUGGAAUUGCUUUCCCAUCCCACGGGGCAAAGCCUGUGCAUUUUCAAGUCCGGUGGCUCUCGCCGGCUGACUAGGUUUGGUUAAAAAGGAGCCAAGUGCCUUGGUGAACAUACAGAAAACAUACACACACACAUCGACCGCAAGUGUUAACGUAAUCUGUACGUGUGUGUCCCCUCACAAAAUGCAGUAUUAUGCUCAAGUAGCUCUUUGUGUCUAUGAUCUUGCGGUUCAAGCAAUUGACUCAUCGGUGACCCACCCACUCACAGCCCAAGAGAAAUGUUCAUAAAUGAUUCAUGCAUAUUGAUGUGAUGUUCAUUUCCAAUACAGUUAUGAAAGUGCUUUUACCCUCAUUUGGCAGCAUGCGGAUUAUACGAGUCUGCUUUAUUUGCAGCUCGAUAACAAAUAUAAUCCUUCAUAAAGUUCGUUGCUUGGUUUUCGGAGGAUAUUUUAAUAUUGACUACAGGGUCAGCAGAAAUACAACAACAUGGCGGAUAUUGUCAGACGAUAGUGAUUAAUAGUUCGGUAUUUACUACUCCUAUUUCAUGUUGUGUGACAGACAGGUGGCAUUGUGGUCUCAGCAACUCCACCCCUGCAGGGAUUUUAAAUUGGACUCUCUUGUUAAUUAUGCAUUGUGGAGGACUGAAAUGACCCAUUCCAUUUCUCAGAGCAAGUGUCAAAAGUCUCUGUCAAAUGGAUGACAGAAGUUGAGGAGAAGUGAAUCUGCACUACGGAUUCAUUUUAACACGCACUCGGUCAAAUAGAACAGCAAGAAAAGCACUUUGGCGUCAUGGGUGACUGAUAAU